AUGUUCGCGAUGGCUUCCGCGACGUCCGCGCGAAGACAAUCCAUCAUCGAGACAAAUGCAGCCGUCUUCGGUUCGGCGACUGUGCAGCCAGUCAGUCGAUCAACUAGUUUGAAGCUGAGAACCAGGAGUAAUUCCGGGGUUCGAUUGGAUUACUAUCAGCGGAUUGUAUAUCGCACUAUCCUUGCUCAUCAAGAUCCCGUAACUGGUCUUCUGCCAUCGAAUCCCGGGGCUGCCAACCAACAUGCCUGGGUUAGGGACAAUGUCUACUCCAUUUUAGCUGUGUGGGCUUUGGCGUUAGCUUACAGGAAAAAUGCCGACCUGGAUGAGGAUCGGGCGAAGACUUUCGAACUUGAACAGGAUUAUGGCAUUUGGGAGAGGGGUGACAAAACGAACCAUGGAUUGCCUGAGCUGAAUGCGUCUUCUAUUGGAAUGGCGAAAGCAGCCCUGGAAGCACUUAGUGAGCUCGAUUUGUUCGGAUCGCGAGGAGGGCCCGCAUCUGUAAUCCACGUCUUGUCAGAUGAAGCUCAGAAGUGUCAAGCCGUGCUACAGUCAAUGCUCCCGAGGGAAUCGAACUCGAAGGAGGUCGAUUCGGGACUGCUAUCUGUGAUAGGCUUUCCUGCGUUUGCCGUGGACGAUCCUGAAUUGAUCCUCUUCACUGAGCGUACAAUCGAGGAGAAACUGGGCGGCCGAUAUGGAUGCAAGCGAUUCCUACGUGAUGGUCAUAAGAACGCGCGGGAGGAUCCAAAUCGACUGUACUAUGAGCCUUGGGAGCUGAGGAUUUUUGAUAACAUUGAAAAUGAGUGGCCUCUCUUCUAUUGUUACAUGGCAAUUAAUGCUCUAUUUUUCGGUCGUGCCGCUGAGAAUCAAAAAGCUUUCGAAAAGUUAGACGAGCUAUUGCUCAAAUCUGAGGAUGGAGUCAAACUCGUUCCUGAAAUGUUCAUGGUGCCUCUGGACAAAACGGAGGCUGAAAAGAGUCUCCCUCACAGUCAAAAUCGCGUGCCUGUGGGUCGUCUCCCCUACAUGUGGGCGCAGUCAUUGUACAUAGUGGCGUGUUUGCUGAAAGAUGGCUUCGUUGCCAUUGGAGAAUUAGAUCCGCUCAACCGACGUCUUGGAUCUGAAAAAAAGCCGGACGUUGUGGUUCAAGUCGUGAUAUUGGCUGAAGAACAGUCCAUUCAAGACAAGCUGAAAGCCAUGGACAUUCAGGUUCAAACCGUUGCAGACGUACAACCUAUUGAAAUUCAGCCAGCGCGUGUGCUAUCUCACUUGUACACGUAUUUAGGGUAUAACAAAAAGUUGGGACUCUCAGGGCGUAAAUCAAAAGAUGUUGGCAUUCUCAGCACAAGUAAGCUGUACUCACUACAGGGAAAGAAUUUUGCAUUUAUGCCGCAGUUCAUGGAUGAACGACGAUUUUACAUUGCGUCCGAUUUUGACCUGCUAUUGGACAUUCUCAAGAACGAGAUCAACUUUCUGCAAUCCGCGUGGCAACAUCAACUUGGUCGGCCUUUGGUCGUCAUGACUUUGAAAAACUCCCAACUUGAUGAUGGAAAGGUUCCUCCUGCUAUGAUCGCAACCUUGAAGAAAUUAAAGAGUGGCUACAUUAACGGAACAAGAGUUUCUCUUGGGAAUUUGGAGGAUUUUCUAAGCACGUCGGCGUUGACAGACUUAAGUUUUCUGGGAAAUCUUGAAGACGGCAGACCAGAUGACUUGAUUCUUGGCGUUCAAGACUAUCUGGAAGGAACUCUGAGGAGAAGUUUCCGUCCUGGAGUUGAUUAUGGACGUCCAGAUGUCAGUCCUCGUGGUAAAAUCAAGGCCGCCGGUGGAUGUCAAAAGAGAAUUAUGAGAAAGAUGUCUGUGAGAGGCUCCAUGCGACGCACCCGCAGUAUCGCUAAAGACGUGGAUCAGGGCCUUUUUGGUAGUAGUGGUCCCGCCACGCGGUCGAAUUCACUCCCCGACGAAACUCAUGGGUUCGCUUGGCCCAUUCCAGCUAUUAGACUCGAUCAAGGAGGGGGUGAAAACGAUCGCAUGUUGGGAUAUAGGUCUCAAAAUCUGUCGGUAGCUACGGGAGUUGAUAACGCUUUUCGCUUCGCCGAGGGAUUUAACCAGGCACGGGGAUAUUUCGGGGGUUUAUGGCUUUCUCCAGAGGACCGGGAAAGACUGGAGCGCUUCGCUGCUGAAACUGGGACUUUCUCCAGACAAGAGUCGCAGUCAGGAGAGGAAGAUGGACAUGAAGACGAACGUGACGAAUGGAGCACUGCCCGGCAUCGUACGCAAUCUGAUGCCGUUUACGAAAAUACGGAAACCGAGGAACUCUUGAGCAUGCUGAAGGAUGCUGAAAGUCUUGAAGAGCAAGGCGACAUUCUGCAUUAUCUGGUGGUCACAGUGGGAUUGAGUUAUGUGACAGGCAAUGACUCUCAUGGUUUACCUAUAACGGUCAAGGAUCUUCUGAAGUUGCUUUACGAAAAGGCGUGUCGUGAAAAACAAUGGGCUUUGGUCAGACAUUCUUCGGGAAUGUUGGGAAAACGCGUUGAGGACUUGGCGAAAGCUGUGACUGAUUUACUUGUGAGGCAGAAACAGGUUACCGUCGGAAUGCCUCCGAUGAACGAGAAAACCAUUACCGCUCCUCUGCCUUCCGAUGAACUAACGAAGCUAAUUCAGAAUGCGUAUGGUGACGACGAAAGCUCAUCAAUGCUGACACAGGAAUUGUUGGUUUAUCUGGCGAUGUUCAUCCGUACUGAGCCGAACCUGUUCUCCGAAGUUUUGAGGAUGAGAGUGGGCUUAAUAAUUCAGGUCAUGGCUUCAGAACUUGGAAGGGUGUUGAAAUGCAGUGCUGACGAAGCCAGUGACAAACUUCUGAAUCUGUCGCCCUUUGAGAUGAAAAAUUUGCUGCAUCACAUCAUGAGUGGAAAAGAAUUUGGUCUUGGAAGCGCAAAAAGCGGACAAUUAUCGGUCAUCAGCAUGAAAUCUAGCAAAGUUAGCAAGAGAAGUCAUUUUGGACCUUUGCUGGCCUUAAACCGAGGCACGAGCACUUGCGAGAGUGGACAAGAAAGCCCUGAAGUUCUCCAUUCUGCAGAUUCCCUGGAAUUGCUCGGCGAAAAACAAGGACAGUGGCUCAGACGACGUCGUCUCGAUGGAGCGUUGAACAGAGUUCCAAAAGGGUUUUAUUCCCAAGUUUACAAAUUGCUCGUUCGUUGUCAAGGCCUCGCGAUCGAAGGCAAGGUUUUACCCCAGAGCCUAACGCAGGAGAUGACGGCUGGUGAACUGAAAUUUGCACUUCACGUUGAAACUGUGCUGAAUACGGUGCCACAGCCGGAAUACCGCCAGUUAGUGGUAGAAGCCAUGAUGGUGCUCACCCUUUUGGUUGAGCACCAUGCCGUCCAACACUUGGGAGGUAUUCUGAAUGUAGAACAACUCGUUCAUGCCGCGAAUCAGAUUUUCCUUGAAGACCAGAGGAGACUUGACGGGGACGCCACAUUGUGUUGUGCCUCCGGUCCGGGUCCGGGAUUGCAUACGCAGCCGUGCAAUGGAGCUGCGUAUAUAUGCACCCACUUCUACGACUCUGCUCCAUCUGGUUGCUUUGGAACCAUGAGUUAUCUGAUCAGAGCCGUCGCGACAACGCUUGAUUGCUUCCCCAAGGAUGGUGAAAUUGAUUGCAAUAUCAGUUAA